AUGUCGGAGGUAGAAGGCGCCAGGCCCAGCGGCUCACCCGCGCUGAGGCGAAACGAUGCGGCGCUGUCGUCGCCGCGCGGUGCCGGCGCCACGUUGUUAGAGUCUUUACGGCGCCGCUGCGUGCAGGCGGAGCUGCAGCUGCGCGAAAUGGAGGAUCGCUUCCGCCGCGACUGUGCCAGGCAGGAGCAGGAGUUGGAGCUGCUGCGCAUUGAGAACAACAAGUACAAGACGAAAAUUGAAGAGAUGCGCAUGAUGCAGACGGCGCCGCGGGAAGUGCUGCAGGGCGCGCUUGCCCACGGCGGGGAGUCCAAGCUGCUCAAGGCGUCCUCGCGCAAGUACUGCAUGGCACGUGAGGCAGUUGAGCGAUCCCGGGACGAAUUAAAUGAGAUAAGGGCGCGGGUCCUCGCGACGCGGCAGCGCAUUCACGAGACGCGGCGAAAGGUUAUUGGCGCCCGCUCACGUGCUUCUCUCUCCAGCAAGCUGCCACGACGCAGCUGCGCCGAAAUUGAGCUGCAGACGCGGGCCUCGCGUUCCCAACUUCGCGGGCUGGAGGCCCAUGUGGAGUUUGAGACGGAUCGUCGCUCAGGCUUCAUCGACGCGGUGAAGGAGCUGCGGACGGAGAUUGAUGUGCUGCAGACGGCGCAGCGAAACACGGGCGAGCUUUUUCGGGACCGCGAGCAUGACAUGUUAGAGGUGAUGAAGGAGAGCUCCUUCCUUAUUGAGGUCUGCAACGUCCUCUGCGAGGAGCGUGACGCCUGUCAGCGGCAGCUGGUGGAGCUUCAGCGGGCCUUCGAGGCGGACAAUGAGGCCUAUGAAAGGACCUUCCACGACCUACUUAGCGUGGAGGAGCGUGACAAGACGGUGAAGGCCAAACUGCGUGAGAGCAUCGCUAAGCUGCAGGGGGAAAUGCAGCAGGUCGUCACCGAGCGCGAGGCUGCGGAGCGUCUCCUUGGCGAGGAUGACACCGCCUUCCGCAGGGCCACAAUGAUGAACGUCAGUCACGACAAUGACGGUGACGGGGACAACACGGGCGUUUCUCUGCACCUGGCGGAGUUCGAGCGCUACAUCAGUCGGCUUGCAGAUAUUGCCGAUUCUGAGAACCUUUCCGAUAUAGAGAGUUACGUGUGUGAGGGCGGUGAGGGACGGUUUAAGCUGUACUCCGUGCUGCACCGCACGCAGGACACCGUUGCUGCCCUCAAGCAGGAAAGGGAUGCGCUGCAGGAGGCGCGGCGGCGUGCGACAGGCGGCCCUGAGUCCGAGCAACGCGCGCGUGAGGAGCUAGAGGAGCUGCAGGCACAGCUGCUCCAGGUCCAAAGCGAGACGCUUGAGCAAGAGCAGCAGGCGGAGUGCGUGCGGUCGCAGCUCGAUGCCGUCCUACCAGACGUGCAGUCCAUCUUCCAAGCACUGGGGUGCGACGACAGCCUCAUCGUCGCCCAGCACGGCGUGGCUGCCCUCUCGCGCGGCACGCUGAACCUGUUCCUCGCCGCCAUUGAGCAGCGGCUGGAGGAGUACGUGGCAGUCUGGAGGCGGCGACAGCAGCCACUGGAGGCCCAGUCUUCCAUGGCGGGUUAUGACGCGCCGGGGCCGACAUUCAAGCUGCCGGCGGACGCCUCAACGUCGACGGCAGCGACGCCGCCACGCCCGUUUCUCUCCACGCACGAGCCUGAGACGUCUGGGCACGACAAAAGUUUAAAGGCGGACCCACCUCCUGGUGGAGCGGCGCGGGCGCGGGUGCAGGAACGAGUGCUGAAUGGCGUGGAAGACGCCAACAGCUCGCAGGGGUCGCGGGAGGCCAGACGGUCUGCAUAG